GCUACCGGCUGCUUCUCGCCCCGCUGGAGACGCACGGGUCGAUAUGACUGAUGUGAGAGCAGGAGCUGACUCCACAUCCUUCACAGUUGCAGUUUUCUGAGUGUCCAGCAGAGCUCAGCCAUGUCCCACACCAACAGCACCAAGCUGCAGUCGCUCCUUCUCUCCGUCCUGCAGCACUGCCUCAACAGCACAAGCUUCCUGUCUCCCGCGGGGCCUCCCGAGAACUUCACUACCCAGCAGGCUGUGCAGCAUGUGGCUGCAGGGAGGGCCCACGCUCAGUCUCAGGGAAUCGUGUACAUCCUUCUGGUGGUCGGCAUGUUCAGCUUCUUCACAUUCGGCAUCAUGCUCAGCUACAUCCGCUCCAAGAAGCUGGAGAGCUCUCACGACCCGUACCACCAGUACAUCGCCCACGACUGGAGCGCAGCGACGUCGCCGUCCAGGGCCGUCGCUCAGGCUCUGCGCCGGGGGGCCACAGGUGAUGGAGCCGGCGGCAAAGAGCCCGUCAUCAUCUGCAACCCGGCAGCCCAGGAGCAGCUGCCGGACUAA